AUGAGGUCUAAUCCACGCCCAGUAGUAGAAACCUCACAAGUCACUAUUUCAAAAGACCGCAAAGGACACAAGAUAAUUAACCAAUAUACAAUUAUUAAAAAAAUUGGAGAAGGCGCAUAUGCGACUGUGAAAUUGUGCAAGGCAAGAGAUGAUUUCUACGUAAAUAUAAAAUAGGCAAUGAAAGUCUUUAAAAAAGACAUGCUAAUGAGGAGAAGAGAUUUCUCUAACUCAGCUGAUGGAAGAAUGGUUGUUACUAAUGCACUUACUGAUGUAUAUAAAGAGAUCGAUCUUAUGAAAGAACUUAAUCAUCCCAAUGUGAUCAGAAUGUAUGAAAUCAUUGAUGACGUUGAAGGUGAAAAAAAAUUUAUUAAAGUUUUAUCUUAUUUUAUUAAAAAAUAAUGGGAGAAAAGCCCUUUAUUUUAUAAAAAAAUAGGAAUUAUUAAAAUUUAUAAUCAUUAAUUCAAUUUUAAAUGUUUUAUAUGAGUAAACAAUAUAUAGUUCUUGACUACUGUGAAAGAGGAUCGCUAAUGGACUGAAAUAGCAAUGAGCAUAGAUUUAUUACUCCAUGAACCAACAAAGAAAUAUCAGAAUCUCAGUUAAAAUCUAUAUUCCGGCAGCUAGUUCUGGCUGUCCGAUAUCUCCAUAUAAAUCAUAUCAUUCAUAGAGAUAUAAAGCCACAAAACGUUCUUUUGACCUCAAAAAACCAUGUAAAGCUGGCUGACUUCGGCCAAGCUUCGAAAUUUGAAGGCGAAAACGACAAUAUAAGGAAAACACAAGGGACAUAUCAUUUCCUAGCACCAGAGUCCAUCACUGAUAUAGAGCACUGCUCUGGAAGGGCCGCUGAUAUUUGGGCUGUAGGUGUUACUCUUUAUAUAGCAGUUUUCAAUAUUUUGCCUUUUUCUGGAUCUAGUAUUUCUGAGAUUAUGAAUUCUAUUGAAAACGAUGAGUAAGAUUUAGAUAGUUUGAUAAUACCUAACAUCCGACCAAUAUCUGCAGAUCUUAGAAAUCUGAUCCUGCAUGUACUUGACAAAAACCCUAGGACAAGAGUUACAAUUGAAGGUCUGCUAGUUGAUCCGUGGCUUAAUUCAGAAGGCCAACCAUUGAUGAGUUUAAUUUAG